GGGGCAGCGGGGAGCGGUUAGAGGUGGGAGUUGGCGCUGCGGGCCGGGCGGGGGCCGCGGAAGCUGCGAUGCGGACGGGGCCGCGGCGGUGAGCUGAGCUGCCGCCAGACAUGAACUCGCUGGAGCAGGCGGAAGCCCCGCGAGUUGUAUCCCUGAUUCCUACGGUGGUUUCCGGUAACUGCCAAGAUCUCAAGGCUUUUGAGAGGAGACUUACUGAAUAUAUUCAUUGUUUGCAACCUGCUACUGGACGUUGGAGAAUGCUUCUUAUAGUGGUAUCUGUCUGUACAGCUACUGGUGCCUGGAACUGGUUAAUAGACCCUGAGACACAAAAGGUGUCCUUCUUCACAUCAUUAUGGAAUCACCCAUUUUUCACCAUUAGCUGUAUCACUCUAAUAGGCUUGUUCUUUGCUGGAAUACACAAGAGAGUAGUUGCACCAUCAAUUAUAGCUGCUCGAUGUCGGACGGUAUUAGCAGAAUACAAUAUGUCUUGUGAUGAUACAGGAAAACUAAUUUUGAAACCUAGGCCUCAUGUUCAAUGACAAUCUUCACUCAUUGUUUUGGGACUUAAAAUAGCCUUUCUUCAAAUAAGUGAUACAGCAAAAAGCCAUAAAGGAUUCCUUUUGUGUUGGAUAUGUAAAGGUCAUAGCAGCAACUGACAAGAAGUGUGCAAUAUUUACCUGGAUUAUCUUGAUGAUGGUGACUCAUUAUCAGUGCUUUGGUACUUUUGAUUACCUGUGUUUCAGUAUUAGUGUCACUUUAGUACUUCAGAUCCUGCAAAGAUUUUUGCAGAUGAAGUAUGUAUGUAUGUUACUAAGUUAAACUUAGAAACAGAACCUCAUUCAGUUUUUAUAAUGUAUUUUUGCAAACUACUGUAAAUAGCAAAUCAAUGCCAAUGUUAAACAAAGAGGAAAACGUUGUGUGGACUUUGUUCUCCUGCACCGGUAUUUCAGGAACAUCUGCUUGCCAUCCCCACAGCUCUUUAAAACUGGCUAUUAUGUGUGCCUUUCAUUCUUACACUUCUAAUCAUACUGCAGGAAAAACAUUGGAUUCAGCUUAGACUGAGGAAAACUCUCCAUUAUGUUGUAAGAAAUUAUAGAUGUUUUGAGAAACACUUUUUGUCAAACCAGAUAUUGAACUCCAACUAUUGUGGUUUUAUUUUUAGUUCAUUGUUUUCAUUUAAAUGCUAAAUAUCCUUUAUAUUGCUUUAAUAAUUUUUUUUUUUUUUUUUAACGGAGUCUCGCUCUGUCGCCAGGCUGGAGUGCAGUGGCAUGAUCUUGGCUCUCUGCAACCUCUGCCUCCCAGGUUCAAGCGAUUCUCCUGCUUCAGCCUCCCGAGUAGCUGGGACUACAGGCACAUGCCACCAUGCCCGGCUAAUUUUUUUGUAUUUUUGGUAGAGACAGGGUUUCACCACGUUGGCCAGGAUGGUCUCGAUCUCCUGACCUUGUGAUCCUCCUGCCUCGGCCUCCCAAAAUGCUGGGAUUACAGGCAUGAGCCACCGUGCCUGGCCUCUUUAAUAAUUUUUAAAAUACCCUAAAGGCUUGUGAAUAUACAAGUCUACUGAUAAAUUAUGUAUUGUCUGGGAAUUUGAUAGUCACUGUUUUAGAUAACUGGAUUUUACGCUGUGAUAGACAGGCUGUGACACUAGUGUUGCACAGGUAUAAUUGAUCAUUCUACACCUUCACCAGAAUAACUUGGGAGCGGUGCCACAAACUAGAGUCUACAAUUCUCACUGUUUAGAGAGUGUUAAUGACAUACUGUGUAUGCAUAAUAGCCACAUGUACUAUAAUAGCCCUUAAAAUUAAACUAUUGGGAUUGCUGUAAAUAUUUUAAAGUACUGGAGGUGCCUUUUACCUGUUUAUUAGAUUUUGAAAAGGUUUAAAUUAUUUCAUGAGCAAUCUUUUAAAUUUCAUUUAACAUAAAGCUGAAAAUUCAGUAACAGGAUAAAAAACUUUUUAACAAGGCUGCCAUUUAACUUAAAUGUGUUCAUCUUAGCUUUCACAUGUAUAAAAUUUUAUUCUUUGACCUGCAGCAAUAAAACCCUCUGCUCCUAAGAAGUCUUAAGAGGGUAUUCUAUAUAUUCUGCUUUGUUUUAUUUUCUGUAAAUUUUGUAGGUAAAUAUGUGCAUAAAAAAUAAAUACUUUAUAUAUAACUCGUGA